GAGGCAAGGCCAGAGAUCAAGAUGGAUAACAAACGUCAUAGAGUAAAAUUCUAUGCCAUGGUGGAAGACAAGCAGUGGAAUAAUAUAGGUGGUGCAGGACAAAUUUCAUCCAAAUAUGUUGAACGGUUCCAUGGCAUGUGCCUGCUUAUUCACUCAGAAUCCGAUGGCUCACUGAUUAUGGAGUGUAAGAUACAUCCUAAUGUGCCCUAUUACAAACAUCAAGGAGAUGUAAUCAUUUGGUCUGAAGCUAAGAACCAUGGUACGGCAAUACAUUUCCAGGAACCAAAUGAUUGUCAAGAGACAUGGGAAGUUAUCUGUCAAGUUCAAGGUAAAGACCCAAGUGUAGAAAUCACCCAAAAACUUAAUGAUGAUCUGGAAAGUUUUGAAGAUCUGCUGCCAAGCUGGAAUUGGGUCGAGAUGUCAAGCUGUGAACUCCAUACACUUGAAAGCAUUGCAGAUUUACUUACUUUUGUCAAUGAAGCACCAAGCCACAAAGAAAACCUGGCACUGAUCUUGGAAAAGGAAGGCUACAUUACAAAAUUGCUGCAGCUGUUCAAAACUUGUGAAAAGCAUCAUUACUUGGAAGGCUUACACUAUUUGAAUAACAUCAUUAAAGGAAUACUGUUUCUAGACAAUUCACAUUUGCUUAACAUUAUUUUUUCUGAUGAAUUCAUCAUGGAUGUGGUAGGAUGCCUUGAAUAUGGCCCUGGUUUAGAUCAGCCAAAGAAGUAUAGGGAAUUCUUGACUCAAAAUGUGAAAUUUAAGGAAGUUAUUCCAAUAACACACCCCCAACUUAGACAAAAAAUUCAGCAGACCUACACAAUGCAAUAUAUUCAUGAUAUUGUGUUGCCUACACCAUCCAUAUUCGAAGAGAAUCUUCUUUCUGGUGUUACUGCUAUGAUUUUUUUCAACAAAAUUGAAAUAAUUACCAUGCUACAGAAAGAUGAAAACUUUUUGCUCGAAGCUCUUGCUCAAUUAAAAGAUAACACUGUAGGUGAUGAGCGACGGCAUGAAUUGUUAUUAUUCUUCAAGGAAUUCUGUGCAUUUGCUAAGACAUUACAAUCUCAAAAGAAAAAUGCUUUACUGAAAGCACUAAUAAAGCUAGGAAUCAUGAGUGCUCUGAAAGUUGUAGUGCACAUAAAUGAUUAUCAAAUACAAGUAGCUGCUCUAGAAAUAUUUGCUUAUCUAGUAGAAUAUAGUCCACGUCUAGUCCGGGCAUAUGCAAUGGGAGAAGUUCAGAACAGUGAAGAUAAUGAUGACCUUCUCAUUAAUAUAAUGAUCAAGCAAAUGAUCAGUGAUUCUGAUCCUGAAUUUUCACGAGGCAUCAUUUUGACAGCAGUUCUUCAUGAUCUUCUAAAGAUAGAAAAUACACGUGCCACAGCUAAGAGAUGUGAAAGAAGGAAAUUUCUGAAUUUCUUCUAUACACGCUGCAUGAGUAACCUCAUAGCGCCGAUUUUGUCUACCACAGUAGAAAAUGACAGCAAUGAUAGGGCUACUAUCUGCCCUGAUGAUUAUCAAAAUGCACAAUUGCUUGGAGCAGUUUUAGAAAUACUCACAUUUUGUGUGCAAUACCACUCAAAGUACAUGAAAAAUUGUAUUAUAAGCAACAACUUGCUCAGCAGUAUCUUGUUGCUGAUGAGUUCAAAGCAUACUUUUCUGAUUUUGUGUGCUGUCCGGUUUAUGAGAAAAAUUAUUGGCCUUAAAGACAAAAUGUAUAAUCUUUACAUAAUUAAUCAAAACCUUUUUGAACCAGUUGUAAAUGCUUUUAUACACAAUGGAACUAGAUACAAUAUGUUAAAUUCAGCUAUUAUUGAGCUAUUUGAAUUUAUAAGAGAAGAAAACAUCAAGCCUCUCAUUGCAAACAUUGUGGAAAAUUAUUUUAUGUCCUUUGAAUCAAUUCAGUAUGUCCAGACAUUUAAAGGGCUGAAAACUAAAUAUGAAGAGGAGGAAAUGAAGAAGAGAGAGAGAGAACUAAGAAGAUAUUUACAUAAUGUAAAAUACAAGCAAACAUAUUGUAGACGUAUCAAAGUUAUGGAGGUAAAAGUCAAAGCAGACAUAUUUUCUAGAAGGGAAGAAGAAGAAGAAGAAGAAGAAGGAGGAGGAGGAGGAGGAGCUAUUCUACCAAUGGGAAGUGACUUUCCAAGUCAUUAUGACAUAUUUAUGAAAAUUAAAGAGACCAAUGAAAGAGAAAAUGUAAUAGAACGUCCAAAAAGAAAAUUAUCUGAAGAUUUUGAAUGUUCUCCAUCUCAAGGUGGUGAUUCUGAUAAUGGCAUGAACACAGUUCACUGUAGCAACCUUGUUCCUUUAGGGGAUUACUCAUAUGAUACUGAUGGUGACAAUGAUGACAAUCCUUAUGGAAACAAUGAAAAUGCAAAAGGAGAUGAAGAACCUCCAAUAAAAAGACCUAAUCUUAGUUCAUAA